UCAACUGAGCUCAGAGAGAGAGAGACUGGAAGGUAGAAGGUGAAAGGAGAUAGCUUCAAGAAUAAUAAUAAAAAAGGAAUAAAAGGGUCCGCGGCGAUGCGAAGAUUUGAGACUCGCUAAAAGUUCGCGUGGAUGUUUGGGUGUGGUUGUCAUGGCAACGCGUCGGAGUGUAGUAAAACUGUGAGUUUUGUUAUUAUUACCCUAUUAUACAUCAUAUUUAUGCAAUCUAAGGGAAGUGAAGAGUUAGUUAGGCCAAUAAUACAGUAAAAAUAUCGGCGAUUAGAGCUGAAUUGCAUGAGAGAAGAGGAGAAGGCGUUGAAAUGUUACCCCGUUGAGUGGGCUGAGACGCGGCGUGUGUGUUGAGUGUGUGUUAUUACUAGCUCUGUUUACUUAUUUACUGACUUACUAGAAGAUAGAUAAUAUAAUGCCGUUGCGAAGCGGUGUGUGUGGAUAAGCGAAAGACAGGACCAAGAGGAGGAGGACCUACGAAGCGAUACAGCUCAAAAGAAGGGUCACGCAUGAGGCCAGCAGGCACCGGGCAGAUGAAGUUCAUGCAGGAGAGAGUGGCGGGUGUGGAGAAGCACUUUGGACACAUCUGCAGUGCUCUGGGCGCCUACACGAGGAAGGAGGCAAAGCUGCGGGACAAGGGAGAUGAGGUGUCCCGGGCGCUGCAGGACUAUGGCGAGGAGGAGAGCCUCAAUAAAAGCCUCCGGGCGGCGCUCUGUGAGACGGCCGACACACUCGCUGCUGUCCAGGACUACAGGGACGUCAAGGUGGAGCGGCUGGAGGCGAGGGUGGUUGGGGAGGUGGCCAUGUACGGGGGUGUCUGCAGGACUGCCCGGGACGAACUCAAGCGCGGCUUUGACACUCGCCAGCGGGAGAUUGCUCACCGCCGCAGCCUUGAGAAAGUCAAGACGCGCCACCCACAGAACAGGCAGCAGAUUAUCAUCGCCGAGACCAAGCUCCAGAAGGCCACAGCGGAGGCCCAGCGCGCCUGCCACAACCUGGAGGACAUGACGGACCAAUUUGAACAGAAGAAAAUAUCAGACCUGAAGAAAAUUUUAAAGGAGUUUGUUCAGAAUGAGAUAGCCUUCCACGCCAAGGCCUUGGAGCUGUACACACGCGCCUACAACCAGGUGUCCAGCAUUGAGGAGGACGAGGACUUGGAGGCCUUCCGUAACGCGAGGGACGUCUUUGAUGCGGAGUUCCGUAAUGCACUGAAGGGCAAUGCUGUGGGUCGUGUCGAGGCGGUCGGGGCCGGUGAAGGCUCGUCUUUGUCCCCUGUCAUUGUUACAUCGCGCCGCAACAGACUCCCUCGCAAAAAGGGUGAACUGAAAAAGUCAAUGGAGAAGCUGCAAGUUGAAGACUAUGAAGAAAUACACCAAAGCACAUCAAGUGAAGAUGACUGACCACAAGAGGCUGCACCCACAGACAGGCGCCUGCCGAGUCACAUGGACUGAGGCCUCCACUGUG